UAAUGAAAUGUUUAAUUUACAGAGAAGAAAGAUUAAUAAAUAUCUCCAAGAUUAUCAGUAUUGAAGCAAGAAAGAGAGAAAAAAGAAAGAAAAGAAAAAAAGAAGAAGAAAGAAAAGAUGGGCACUGAUGUUGAUGUCAUAGAAAGAAAGAUGAUCAAACCCUCAUCUCCAACUCCAUCUCACCUCAAGAAUUUGAAGCUCUCUCUUCUAGACCAGAUCAUUCCUCCAAUGUAUGGCCUCAUUGUGUUCUUCUACCCAGCCGAAGCCAGCUCAAACAAUUCAGACAGGUCAGCUCGCCUCAAAGACUCGCUGUCUCAAACUCUGACCACUUUCUACCCCAUGGCCGGCCGUACCAAGGCCGAUGAACCCUCCAUCGAUUGCUCGGACGACGGAGCUUUGUUCGUCGAAGCCAAGAUAGAAAUCAACCUUUCCGACUUUCUGGGUCAACCGGACACUGAUCGGUUGAACCAUUUUGUUCCCACCAAUGAUCCAACAACUGCCGAGCUAGCUCAAGGCUGCAUAACACAGAUUCAGCUCACCGCAUUUCAAUGCGGAGGUACGGCCGUCAGUGCCUGCCUUUCUCAUAAAGUAGGCGAUAUAUCAUCCCUCAUUUCUUUCCUUAAUAGCUGGUCUUCUACUACUCGUGAUGAUCCUUAUUCAGUAAUUGGGCAUCCUCCGGUUUUCAUUGGCGACUCAUUGCUUCCGCCGAUUGACAUGUCUUUGAUGCAGCGAAAGGACACGAGAUCGGAGAAGUUAGUCUCCAAGAGAUUCGUGUUCGAAGCCUCAAAGAUUGCUCAACUUAAGGCCAAAGUGAGUGCAGACAUGGAAGAACUAAGCCAGAAGGACCACUACUACACGUCUCGAGUGGAAGUGGUUUUGGCUCUGAUCUUGAAGUGUGCGGUGGCUGCUUCUAGGACUGUAAGAGGGUCGUUUAAGCAGUCGGUUCUGUUCCAAGCGGUGAAUCUACGGCCGAGAAUGGAUCCUCCAUUGCCCGAAAACUCGAUUGGAAAUCUCCUCUGGUUUCUUCCGGUUGUGAUAGAAGAGAGCGACAUGGAGCUGGGGAUUGUGGUGCACAAGAUGAAGAAGUUAGUGAAUGAGUUUGUGAAUGACAAGGCAAUGAAAUUCAAAGAUGAUGUUUUAUCAGUGCUUGGUGAAUUUUCCAAGUGGAGAGAUUUUCAAGAGAUGGAACUUUAUAGCUGCUCAAGUUGGUGUAAGUUUCCAUUAUAUGAAACCGAUUUUGGAUGGGGAAAGCCUAUGUGGGUCAGUAGUGCAAGCCUAGCAUUCAAAAACUCCAUAAUUUUGGUGGACACAAAAGAAGGGGAUGGAGUCGAAGCUUGGGUCACUUUGGACGAAGAAAAUAUGGUAAUAUUUGAAAAGAAUGGCGAUCUUUUGAAUGCAGCUACCUUCAACCCUAGUGCACUUGACAUUACUACCCAAAGUUUAUGAUCAUAUUCACAUAUGAUCGAUGUAUUUUGCUUCUUUACCUUUUAGUGUUUGUACCUUCGAAUCAUUAUUAUUAUUAUUAUUAUUAUUAUUA